AUGGCCGGAGUUGUGUUGCAGUCGUUGCAGGCUUUCCGAUUGCGGCAGAUUAGCCCAGCGUGGGUGGAGACAACAUGGGAAAUGGAUUUUACAGAGACUGAACCAUUAAAUGAAUGCUUGGAGGAGCAGAUUACAGAAAAUGGACUUGAGGCGUUCUCCCAGCUUUAUAAAAGUAUCUUUAACUUUAUUGAUCAGCCGCAACAAGCAAAAGAAGUGGCUGAUCUUUGGACACUGUUUACAGAGAAUGAUCUCUCCCACAAAGCACUCGUUGCUGUGUUAUAUCACUUUAUCCACAUGGUUCAAAAUAAGAAGGCUACUGUCAUCCAGAGACAAUAUGCUUUAAAUGCAGCUGGUCUGUACUUCUUAUUCCUUGAAAUCCCAGGAAGUGUUGCCAACCGUAUCUUCCAUCCAGUGUUAUUUGAAAAGUGUUUGGAUACUAUUAAAAAGAGCUGGCCUGCAGUAGAAGCAGGAUAUCGAAAACGGAAGAAAGACAUCCUGGUGAAGAGCUCUCAGUGUAAUGGUAAAGGAAGAAAGAGAGCUAGGCCAGUUAGACAGAAGGAUAAUGAGGAUACAUUUGAGGAAGACGAUGAUGAGGAUGAUGACUAUUUGUCCACACAAGAUCUGAUUCUAAUCAAGGAUGAUAUUUUAUCUCUGCUAAAACAUUUCCUGCGAAUGCUCUCCACAUUCCCUUUGAAGGAGAAACCUGAUAGUGCACAUCAUGUUCUCCAGCUAUUCACUGAACUAACCAACCUUGAACCUAUAUCUGGAGGAUUCGAACUUUCAGAUUCAAUGAGUUUUGAAAGAGUGACAACCCUGCCUGAAUUAGCUUAUUAUGGGCUUAAACUACUUUGCUCGCCUAUCCAUGGUGAUGUGAAUAAGACACUGCGCUACCUGUUUCGAAGAUUAUUAAAUGUAAUUUUAAUGUUGGAUGGUGAGGAAGGUACCAGAUCUGCUGCACUCUUGUCAGUGGGACAGAGAGCUAUCAAUGCCAGAGGUCAAGCCAUUAGAUUUGUAAGUUACAUUGUGGAUGAGUUGAAAGCGACUGCAUUGCCUGUUCUUCGAAUUUUGCUGCAACACAUCUGCGCAAAGGUGCCAGAUAAAGCAGAGUAUCGGACCCAUGGCGCCCAGGCUGUUGUGAAAUUGCUAACAAAACUUCCUUGUGCAGAUUAUGUCACUUUCUUGGAUUGGUUCCAUAGAUACUCACAGAACAACAAGGUAGCCUACAGAAGUUUUGCCUUGGAUGUAAUAAUGGCUUUGCUGAAAUUACCUGAUAGGAAAGAAGAUAGUACUAUUCUGCCAGAGCAUCAGAAAUAUCUAAAGAGCAAGUAUUGGAUCCAGGUGGUGAUCUUGGGUAGAUGCUCGGAUAAGGCUCCUACAGUCCGGAGCAGGGCACUAUCUUGUCUUGCGCAAUGUUUAGACUUAAAUAUCGCAACAGCUUUAGAGUCUGUUCAAGAACUGCUGCUGGGCGCCACAAAAUUUCUACACAAGACCCUGGGUACACCAGAAUCCACUGAAGUCACAGAAAAUGGUGAUUCAUUAGUCACUGCCACCACAAGCCAAAGCAGGGAUGCACUAAAAAGUGUUGAGGUCACAGAUGCUGGCAAUUUGACAGUCAAGAAUGUGACAGAAAUUAUGUCAAUGUUGCGAAUGAGGGCUGGUGAUGAAAGAACCAUUGUGAGGAAAUCAGCCAUUCAGGUGCUUGUAAGCAUUUUGAAACAGAACAUAGUCUUAUGCACCCAAGAGGAUCUGUCUGUAUUACAAGACCGUUGUCGAGAUCCUGCCCCAUCUGUCCGUAAGCAAACAUUGCAGUCCGUCACAGAUCUUCUGUUGGCUCAACCCAGUAAUGCAAUGCUGCAGAUGGCUUGGAUCAAUGGAGUUAUCCCAGUUGUAAUUGAUUCUGAGAAUUCUGUCCAGGAAAAAGCACUGGAGUAUUUGAAUCAAGUGAUAAUACAGCAAAUCAAGAACUACAGGCAGUUCAGUGAUGAAGACAAGUACCAAAGACUGGCCUGGGAUGUUUUAGCACUUCUUGCACUUGAGUAUCAGGAGCUUUGUCGUUACUUGACUAAAGCUUUCCUUCUGUGGUCCCAGCAAGAUAAAUUCAGUUCAACGUUUGUCAAAGAUCUCAUCUCUCACACUGACACUGAUCAUGCCCCUGCUGCCUGGAUGCUGCUUUCAAAAAUAGCAGGAUUCUUCCCACAGUUGAAUUAUACAAAGAUUGUGGAAACCUGGGAGGAUGUUUAUAGAUCUAAGGAUGUAGACAACAGAACAGGCCACAUUUUGAGCGUUUUGGGUAACAUUGCACAUCACUUGUUGGAGGAAACUAGAACUUUACUGAUAGGUGAGGUCCAGAGUUGGAUAAGUACAUUUUGUUCUCCUCCAGAAGUAGUUAGUCAGGCAAUUGAGACCUUGUACAAGCUCUGUCAGGCUCAUUGUAAGACUCCUGAAGAAACACGGGUCCUGCUGGAUCAGGUAUGUGGAAAGCUGAUCAUGAUCUGCGAGGCUUACAUCUCUAAUAUUGUUCUUAGUAAUGCAGGAACUCGGCAUGUGGAUGAAAGUAUGUUGGUGAAACACCUUUUCACGCUUGGUGAGGCAGCACAGUUGUGUCCUGGAAAAGUGGAGAAACGGAUCUUCCUUCUGGUUCAAUCAUUUCUUGCUUCUCCCAGUUUAGGUUCGGAUGGCGAUUAUCUCCCAGCUUCACAGCUCCUUAAUGAACUUUCAGGAUCUGCUUCGGUAUCUUCUGUUGUCCGAGCACAUGCCUUUUUCACUCUGGGAAAGUUGUGCCUACAACACGAGGAUUUAGCAAAGAAAUCCAUUGCUGCCUUUGCCCGCGAGUUGGAGGUGUGUGAAAAUACAGCAGUUCGCAAUAAUGUCAUCAUCAUCAUAUGUGAUCUCUGUAUGCGAUAUACCACUAUGGUGGAUCGAUACAUUCCUAACGUCGCUGCAUGUUUAAAAGACAAUGAUCCUUUUAUCCGUAAACAGACCUUGGUCAUGCUGACCAACUUACUCCAGGAAGAAUUCAUAAAAUGGAAAGGUUCUCUCUUCUUCAGAUUUGUGAGUGUUCUGGUGGAUUCAGAUGAAAGUAUACGGAGUUUUGCAGAGUUCUGUUUAGUCCACCUGCUCUUGAAAAGAAACCCUGGUACCUUCUCUCAACAGUUUCUUGAAUGCAUUUUCCACUUCAAUGCCUAUGAAAAACACGAAAAGUACAAUAAGUUUUCUCAAACUGAGCGAGAGAGGAAACUAUUUUCCUUGAAGGGGAAUAAAAACAAAGAGAAACGAAUGACUAUUUACAAGUUCUUGUUGCAACACUUCACAGAUGAACAGCGCUUUAAUGUUACCAAUAAACUUGCUCAUGAUAUCCUAGCAUGUUUUGUUGAUGGAGUACUUCCUUUGGACAUGGAGGCAAACGAAUUGCUGUCGGACACAUUUGUGGUGAUGAGUUGCAAGGAGAUCAAGCUGUCUUCUAUCAGAGCAAAACUUAGUGAUGAAGUUCAGCUGGAUGAUGAAAUGGCCAUGGCUAAUGCAGUCAUGCAGGCAGCACAGAAAAAACUCAUUUCUCAGGUGCAGAAGAAAAAUUUUGUCGAAAAUAUUAUUCCUAUUGUGUCAUCCUUGAAGAGCCAACUCGAACAGAAGCAUAUCCCAGCGCUUAAGGAUCUCAUGCAUUACUUACGAGAAGUGAUGCAGGAUUAUCGGAAUGAGGUCAAAGAGCUUUUUGCUGUUGAUAAGCAGCUUGCAGCUGAGUUGGAAUAUGAUCUCAAAAAAUAUGAAGAGCAGGUUGCCCAGGAGGAGGAGGAGAGGGAGUAUGUACCCGCAGGUGCAGCUGUGUUAUCAAGAAUUUCACCUGCAGCACAGACUGGUGUACCUGUUGGAACCGAAGCCCAAUCUCCAAGUACAAAAGUUGUCCAACCUGUAAUCUCACAGCUGAGGACCCCCAUUUCAGCAUCUGGGAUUCUUACUCCUAAAACACCUCAAUUCUCAAAGCCCAGAUCCAUGUCCCUAAGUACUGUGGCAAUUCUAAAUUCUGCUAAGAAGGUGGCGGAAAUAGGUCAAAAAAAGGGUACUACUGGGUCUGCGUUACGACUUUCCACUGCAAGGAGCAGCAGCAUAACUCAAAAGCAUGCUGAUGCUGCAGUUCUGUUGCAGGGUUCAGGAGAACGCACAAGGUCUGAUGCUUCAUCAACCGAUGCCUCUAUGACUGAACGAGCAAUCAGUACUCCAGACCGAACAAUUGAGAAUGUGACCUUUGGUGCAGGAGUCAGCUACAUUAGUAUAAAUCAAACUCCAGCAUCUGAAAAUCGUCAAGAACUGUCACAAGAUCAGCAAAAAAACAUAUUGUGUCUUAUGUCCCCGGAUAAACCGGUUCCUCACCCACGGCAGUGGAAUGUGGAAUCACCAGCUGCCAAGAACAGGAACCAAUUCCAAGCCAGAACAAGAUCUCAGAAGAAAUCUCCCCUAAGAGCUUCAAACUGAAGCAGAAACUUAUAAUUUGUAUCUUAACAUUUAGCGCUUUUAAAAAAUUUUUCUUUUACCUAUGCUUACUUAGACUUUAAGCAGAUUUGUAAUAGUAUAAGAUGGGUAGGUCUUCCUGGGAUGGGAAAUGGGAAAAUCUCUAGAACUAGGGGUUGUAGUUUAAGAAUAAGACAGUCAUUCAUUUAAUCCUAAAGCUGUGCUGGUUGUUAGACUAAAUUAACUGUCAUGUUGCUGUCUUAUAGAAGAAUUGGUGGGAUGUUAAUGGAUGGGCAUGUGAGAGAAUGGAUUGUAAGGAGCCAGUGUAGACUGCAGAAUGAUUUCCCAUGAUGGAAGGAAUUAUGAAUUGAUAAGGGGGUGAAAUUUUACUGUGGAUAGAGUACAUUACAGAGCUGAGUUUACAGUCACAUCAGGAAAGCAGGGUUUAGAGCUCUGUUAAUCUGUACAUAAAUAUUCAGCUUGGUUUCUCUCAGCAAAGUCAUGCCAUGACUGGUUAUAUUUUUAGGAAAAGGGUAAAUUCCAAUAAAUGAAGACAAGAACCAGAAUCAGAACUUAUAACUUUGAAUAAAAAUUACUGUUAAAAUCUA